CCCUGCUAGCACUAUAAAUUAAGGUGGAAGGUGUAAUCUUCCCCAGUUCACUCAACAAUCUAAUCCAGUACAGUGGCUGAGCACUCGAGUGCAGAGCCGAUUAGCCUUCCGGUUCCGGAACCUGCAAUGGCUGCUGCUCCGGCGACGACGGCGGUGGUGGUGCCGCGGAUGAAGCUGGGCUCGCAGGGGCUGGAGGUGUCGGCGCUGGGGCUUGGCUGCAUGGGCAUGUCCGCCUACUACGGGCCGCCCAAGCCCGAGCCCGACAUGGUCGCGCUCAUCCACCACGCCGUCGCCGCCGGCGUCACCCUCCUCGACACCUCCGACAUCUACGGCCCGCACACCAACGAGCUCCUCCUCGGCAAGGCGCUGCAGGGAGGGGUGAGGGGCAAGGUGCAGCUGGCGACCAAGUUCGGCAUCCUCGCUGGCGCCGACGGCGCGCGGGCGAUCCGCGGCGACCCGGCGUACGUGCGCGCGGCGUGCGAGGGAAGCCUCGAGCGCCUCGGCGUAGAAUGCAUCGACCUCUACUACCAGCACCGCGUCGACGUCAGCGUGCCCAUCGAGGUCACGAUGGGUGAACUCAAGAAACUGGUUGAAGAGGGGAAGAUAAACUACAUUGGGUUGUCCGAAGCAUCGGCGUCGACUAUCCGAAGAGCGCACGCGGUUCAUCCCAUAACCGCCGUCCAGCUAGAGUGGUCGUUGUGGUCGAGAGAUGUCGAGAAAGACAUAAUCCCUACUUGCAGGGAACUUGGCAUUGGAAUUGUGGCGUACAGCCCGUUGGGCAGAGGGUUCUUCUCUAGUGGGCCAAAGCUGGUCGACACGCUGUCUGAACAAGACUUUCGCAAGGACUUACCAAGAUUCCAAGCUGAAAACCUUGAGAAGAACACCAUGGUAUUUGAGCGGGUUAGCACGAUGGCGGCGAGGAAGGGGUGCACGGCGUCGCAGCUUGCACUUGCCUGGGUUCACCAUCAGGGGAAUGAUGUGUGCCCCAUACCAGGAACCACAAAGGUCGACAACUUCAACCAGAAUGUGGCGGCGCUGUCCGUGAAGCUCGCCCCAGAGGAGAUGGCCGAGCUUGAGUCCUACGCGUCGGCGGAUGUUGCGGGUGAUCGCUACCAUGAUUUCCUGAACACUUGGCAGGAUUCUGAGACCCCUCCCAUGUCAUCCUGGAAGGCCGAGUGACAACUUUCCGUGGGAACUGGAAUAAAAGAGUUGCUUGUUUCUUAAUUUCUCGUGCCAAUGGAAGGGGUGUGUGUGUGUGUGUGUGUUGGCUUGAUUACUCAUGUUGUAUCCCGAGAAGUACUGUGAUCCGGUGUAGGAAUGGACUCUGGAAAUAAUGUACGGAGUACCAUGUGUUGUGGUCGUGAGUAAGUUACGUCCAUCUGUUAAAAAGGGCCCAGGGACAACGGCGAGGCAAGUCCGAAUGCAAAAUAACUCCCAACACA